AUGCCUUACAACAUUGCCAUGGUCAGCGACUUCUUCUUCCCGCAACCUGGAGGAGUCGAAAGCCAUAUUUAUCAGCUAUCAACGAAGCUGAUUGACCGAGGGCACAAAGUCGUGGUCAUCACUCACGCGUACAAAGGUCGCACCGGCGUCCACUACCUCACGAAUGGCUUGAAGGUCUACCACGUCCCUUUCCUGGUCAUCUACCGGGAAACCACAAUGCCGACCGUGUUCUCUUUCUUCCCUGUCUUCCGCAACAUUGUUAUCAGGGAGCAGAUCCAGAUUGUCCACGGCCAUGGGAGCUUGAGCAGUCUGUGUCACGAAGCUAUCCUGCAUGGCCGGACGAUGGGUUUACGAACCGUGUUUACAGAUCACUCACUUUUUGGAUUUGCCGAUGCUGCAUCCAUCUUGACCAACAAAUUGCUCAAAUUCGCACUCAGCGACGUCGACCAUGUUAUCUGUGUGAGCCACACCUGCAAGGAGAACACUGUGCUUCGAGCCUCGCUCGAUCCUCUGAUGGUCUCUGUGAUCCCCAAUGCCGUAGUAGCUGAGAAUUUCCAACCACGGCACUAUGUUCCCAAGACAGACGAUGUGGGCUAUAUGAGACCAAGACCACUGCCACAACGGCUCGGGCCAGGUGACACCAUUGUGAUCGUCGUCAUUUCGCGUCUAUUCUACAACAAGGGCACUGACCUCUUGAUUGCGGCAAUACCGAGAAUCCUGGCAGCCCACCCCAAUGUUCGAUUCAUCAUCGCCGGCUCCGGCCCGAAAGCCAUCGACUUGGAACAGAUGCUUGAACGGCAGAUGCUUCAGGACAAAGUCGAAUUGCUAGGUCCUGUGCGACACGAGGAAGUGCGCGAUGUCAUGGUCAGGGGCCACAUCUACCUCCACCCCAGCCUAACGGAGGCCUUCGGCACGGUCAUUGUUGAAGCAGCCAGUUGUGGGUUGUACGUGGUAUGUACCAGGGUCGGUGGCAUUCCUGAAGUCCUUCCAGCUCACAUGACAACCUUUGCGAAGCCCGAGGAAGAUGAUCUGGUCAUGGCUACAGGAAAGGCGAUUGCAGCACUCCGUUCUGGAAAGGUCAAGACCGAAAGGUUCCAUGAUCAAGUUAAGAUGAUGUACUCGUGGACAGAUGUUGCACAAAGAACCGAGAGGGUCUAUGAUGGCAUUACUGGGGCCAUCGGCGAGCAAGAGUUCUACGGUCAAUACGCCAGCGCAAACUGGAGUGCAACUCGUGGUCGCUCCUACGCAUUGAUUGAUCGGUUGAAACGGUACUAUGGGUGUGGGAUAUGGGCUGGCAAGCUCUUCUGCCUCUGCGUUAUCAUUGACUAUCUCAUUUUCUUCUUUCUGGAAAUCUGGGCUCCUCGAGCCAGCAUCGACAUUGCCAGGAGCUGGCCUCGAAAGCCGUUCAUCAAUGACAAAAACAAGCCAGUCGAGAAUGGCAUGCUGCGUUGGAGAGGGACCGACCUGAUGGACCGUCGCAACGGCAGCCUCGUGAUGAGAUGA